AUGCAUGUUUGAUGAAAUGAGAAUAAAGUGAGACAAAUGUGAUUCAAGUCAAGUGGUACUGAGGAAAGCUUUUCAGAAAUAAUGCUUAAAGCAGGAAAACAAAUCUCAUUGACAUCUGCAUGUGGGUAGGCUUUUAUUUUAUUAUUUUAUUAUUUUAUUUUAUUUUAUUUUAUUUUAUUUUAUUUUUUAUUUUCAUUUUUUCCAGAUAGGCUUUGGUUUCUUAGGUGGGGAAUACAGUGACCAGAUUAUGUUCUAAUUUGAGAUAAAAAAUAAAAAUAAAAAAAUUGCACACUCAUCCUUCGACCUCCCUGAUAUAUAAGCCCGGAUAUCUGGAGCUGGAGUGGUGUCACUGUGUCCAGCCUGCUUUGGCUCUCAACCUUCGUCUGAAAUCCCAUUGUGCUUGCAGAGGCUGGGAAGGAGAGUGCCCAGAAUGAGGCUGCUUAAAGUCCUCUGAUGACUUGACAACAGACAGGAACUGAAAGAGAUGUUUCUGGCUGGAUGUGGGGAAAAGCUCUUCACCAUGAGGAUUGCCAAGCCAUCCUUGUGUACCAUGUGUAACAGUUUCAGUCUGAUGUUAGCUAGUUGUGCUGGCCACUUGGAUGUCAUUGAGUACCUGACAUCACAAAGUGCUUCUUGGGAAGCUAGACGUCUGGAGGUCCUGUACUCGGCUGCAGAUGGAGGACCUAGUCCCAUUACUGAAUGGAUAACUAAUGACAGCUGUAAGGUGCCUCUACUGCCAGUUGUCAAUUUGUCUUUGUUUUAAGCCAUGAUGUGCACAAGUUGCCAGAACAAGAGAUACGUUCAUAGAAACAGACCACUGAAAAAUGGAAUUGGAAAGUAAUAUACAAU